AUGCGGACAAUGAGGCAGCCCGCCCCUCCCCUCCUUAGUGCCCUGUCGGAAAAAGGUGUCACACGCAGACAGCACAAGAAACCGAAAAACCCAAAGCAAGCAGCCGCCGCCGCAACCGUCGCCGCCGCCGCCGCGACCGCCGCCGCACCGCGCCGCCACCGCCGCCGCCGCCGCGCGCCCGCCGCCGCGCCGCGCCGCCCGCCGCCGCCGCCGCCACCCCGCCGCCGCGCGCGCGCCGGGGGGAAGCGGCCAGCGCGCGCGGCCGGCUGGGCGCGCGGGGCGCGGCGGGGCGGCGCGGCGGCGCGGGCGGGAGCGCGGCCCUCACGGGAGGGGGCCGCUGCGCCAGUGAACGGAGGGCGGCCGCCGCCCCGCCUCAGACGUCCGCCGUCCGCGACGCGGCGCUCGGCGGACGCGAGCGCGAGUGGAUCACCACCUUGUGGUCCGUUCUUGGUGACGAAGCCGUCGCUCUCGACGAGCACGGCGGUCUGGCGCGCGGGGUCGUCGGCGUCCGCCGCUCCCGCUGCCGGGCUGGGCGCGCCGCCGCCCGCAGCAGGGCGUCCCCGCCGCCCGCGCCGGCGCCGCCUCUUCGCCGGGCCCGCCCAGGCGCGCCUGCUUGUGCUUGCGCCACGCGUUUUGGAUGAGCCGCGCGCAGUACUCCUCGCGCUGCCUCCACAGCCCCACCUCGUCGGGCCGCGCCUUCACCUCGUCCAGCUCCCCCGUUUCCUCGAUGGGGUUGCCCUUCCGCGCGAAGAAGUCCUUGGUGAGCGCGUCCAGGAUGUCCACGCAGAACAUGAGGUCGCCCUUGCAGAUGGGGAUAUCCAUCGACACGAUCUUGUACUUGUUCGGCUUGUGGAUCUGCAAGGGCGGCUCCAGCACGUCCAAGAAGUCGGACAGCUGGUCGUAGCGGAUGUACUGCGUGCCGUCGGGAUCGAAGUUCUGCCAGAUCUCGUAGUACAUGUCGUAAUCGUCGUCCGUCAGCCCCUCCUGCACGUCCUCCGUGGCCUGCGAAUGACAGCCAGGAAGGUGAUGCCGAUACCGAUCUCGUUGUUGGGCCGCUGGCAGUCCUCCUCGUUGAUGAUGCCGUCCAGCACGCCGUCCCAACCAGCUGACGUCGACAUCUGCGCAGCGGGCGGCGUUUGCGAUUUCCACUCCCCCCCUCCCCCCCUCCACGUCCACCUGCUCGACGACGAAUCCGAAUCCAGUUGUUGCUCGGAAAGAACGUUCGUCUUUCUUGUACACGUCGUCGAUGCCGCUCUUCUCCUUGACGUUCAUGAAGAAAGACAUGCCGAAGAUGGCGAAGAUGAACAUGACGAGGAAGAGCAGCAGGCAGAUGUUGAAGAGCGCCGGCAGCGACAUGGCCAGCGCGAACAGCAGCGUGCGGAUGCCCUUCGCGCCCUUCACCAGGCGCAGCACUCGGCCCACCUUGGCCACGCGCACCACGCGCAGCAGCGUCGGCGACACGAAGUACUUCUCGAUGAUGUCGCUCAGCACCAGGCCUGCGCACCGCGUCCUGCGUCAGCCGCGCGCCCCGGACGACGAGGCGGGGCGCGGGCGUGGCGGGCGGGCGGCGGCGCGGGGGCGGUUGCGGGGCUCGAGCGACCGGCCGCCGGAUGCCGAGUAUUCGGAUUCAGAUUGCCGGGAUUUGGAGCGCCACCGACAGCCACUGACAGCCCCCGCGCCCCUCAUGGAACGGCCUCACCGGGCGAGGGUGUGCGUGCGUGCGUGUGCGUGCGUGCGUGUGCGUGUCAGUCAUUCUCCACUCACCGAACGCCGAAUGAGCGGAACCGCCUCGAGUUCAAGAGCAGCGCUAUCUCAAGAAGAAGUGAGGAGAGGAAGAGGAAACACGGGUCAAUUUCCCUCCAGCAUCAUGUGAUCUAA